AUGCCCUCGGACCGGCCUUUCAAGCAGCGGCGGAGCUUCGCCCGAGCUCACGCGGCCCCGCCCGCCCGUUCCCAGGUGAUCAUAGAGCGCUACAAGGGUGAGAAGCAGCUGCCAGUCCUGGACAAGACCAAGUUCCUGGUCCCGGACCACGUCAACAUGAGCGAGUUGGUCAAGAUAAUCCGGCGCCGCCUGCAGCUGAACCCCACGCAGGCCUUCUUCCUGCUGGUGAACCAGCACAGCAUGGUGAGCGUGUCCACGCCCAUCGCGGACAUCUAUGAGCAGGAGAAGGAUGAGGAUGGCUUCCUCUACAUGGUCUACGCCUCCCAGGAAACCUUCGGCUUCUGAGCCAGCAGUAGGGGGAGGGGUUGGCAGGGGAGAGGGGGCCCAUGUCAGGCUCUGCCCAGGGAGCUCUUGGCUCCUGAACUGAGCUUCCUCUGCCCCUGGGGGCCGGGCAGGGAUGCUACCCCAGGGGAUACCAACCACUCCGCCUCCGCCCCGUGUGCAUCCUGGGCCUGUCAUGUUAGGGUUGCCCCUCUGGGUGCUGGCUGGUGGACGGUGGGGAGCAGCCCCCACCACCCGCGCUCUGUCUGGUUUGUCUUUUUUACUUUAGGCCCCUGCCUGUCUGCCCCUCCCCACCCGAGGCUCUGCUUCCUGCCUGGAACCACCUACCCUUGAAGGACUGGCCUCUGGCUCACCUGGUCUUGACAUGGUGUAUGGAUCUGUGGUCACUGUCCCUUUGCAGAAUAAAGAUUGCUCAGGCCUGCCUGGC